CUUGUAGCAAAAGAGAUGAAAACAAAUCCUCAGGUGUGUGGGCCGAAACUAUCUCUACACAUCGUGAGAUCUGGGGAAAUUUAUGACACACCAGCUGCUAUGCAUGCCAAUGUCUGUGGAGGAACACUGCCCACGAGAGUUCAUCUUGCAAUGGUGCAUGAAGUUGUAAGGUCAGUUGAAGACACAAAGCAAGAGCUUAUGAUAAUCUUCUAGUAGGGAGAAUGGGGAUGCUGGCUGACUUUCAAACUCUGGGCCUAAGUAAAUCAGCUGCAGAUCCCCUGAAAUUCUCAGUUGUUUGGACCCUGAUCUCAAAGAUUGAUUCAGUUGCAGACGGCAGAAUAUCAACUGCUGGUGUUAGGGGUUCUCAUACUAAGGCAUAUCAUCUGGAGAAUAUCCCAGUAGAUCUGGUUGAUCUUGCGAUAAUAUACAGGGCUUAUAAGACUGCGAGGAAAGCUACAGUCUAAAAAUUGAUGAAAUCCUAUGGGAAAAAUAUCCCAACUGAAGAAGAUGGUGAUGAGUCUGCUGCUCAUGACUCGAUCCUACCAAGAUCAACAGCAAUAGAAACCCUUAAUGCUGCAAGUGAGUUAGGGCUUAUUUAUACCCUGACAGAACAAGAUCUUCUGAGUGCUCGGUCGGCUGCUAGGUACAACUCUAUUCUCCUUGCUGAACAGGAGAACACGAUUUAUUUUUCACUAGAUAAAAUUUCGGAAACCAGCUCAGUGGAGAAGAUAUCUCCUGCUAGAGCACGAGCAAUGGCUAGAGUUGUUGAUUCGAUCAUCUCGAAUUAUUUUAAGAACAAGAAUUACCACACAAAGACUGACAUGAUAAAGUAUGUCAUGAUGCUGAUCAGAGGGUCCAUGAGGGGAAGUGUUCAUCGUGAUAGGCCAUACAAUUCACGGGUUCUUAGAGAAUGGGGAAAGAUAUUAGCUAAUAGAGUUUAUGAGUUCUUUGACUAUAUUAGUCCAAAUUACAGGGAGAUCAAGGAGAGAGGAUCACGGGGUUAUCAUAAAUAUGAACCACUCAGGGAGGAUGAGCUUGCAUACUUCAGGGAUUACUUAGAAUCAACAGAAUCAAGUGAUGUUGAGUUGGGGCAUGUAUCGCAGUAUGAUCAAGCAGUGAAGUUUCUUGUUAAUUUGGCAAAGUGGGGCACUCUUCCUAACAUGAUGCCUUAUCUGAAAAGACUCGAGUGGCCAGCAUCUGUUGAUGAUAUAUACUAUGACUUUAUAGAGCCAGCACUGAAGUUAGUUAGAACUGUCUCAUACAAAACGGUUGAGAAAGCCCUUGAAACUAUCUCAAUGGAUGAUACCAUGACCGGAGAGGAUAAGAAAACUUUGGAUGAUGUUGUCUCUUAUUUGCUCAGUCCCUUCGGGAAAGAUGUGACAUUUUAUAACCUAUUGUCUGCUGAGCCGCUGAAGACGUAUCGAGGUUGGGCAGGAUCACUAUCUAAUCUAGAUAUCAGAUUUAAUUUCCCUGAUUAUGAUGAGUCCCAUUUUGCACAUACCUUAGCAUACUCCCUAGCCAUACCAUUAUUAUUAGCAUCUGGCAGGAUAGGAUUCACUACAAUACAGAAUGUCCUACUCGCUAACUAUUCUGAUUCUGUAAUAACCAUUGCACCACAGCUAUCAAGUUACUGUUUACCCCUGUUAAGUGAACCUGAUGGGAUGACACUGGGGAUUUUAGUUGGUGUAUCAGAGGAUGAUAUUGAGAUAUAUUUACCUACAUGGCUUGGUAGAACAAGGGGACCAAGAAUGUGUAUAGUUGAGGUGCCACCAAAUGCAUCAGCAUUCUCCUUGGGUCUGAUAAAGUGGCUAACAAAUCAUGACUACACAUAUGUGACAGUUGCGUUGUCCACUGACAAGAAGGGAGUGUCCAUCUAUGUUGCAGCAAUCAUCGAUACAGAGUAUCCUGAAGUUGAGAAAAGGAUGUUGGAUCACUCAGACAGGAUAACAUCUUUAGGUGACACCGCACUAUCUAAUUAUAUUGACCUACUACAAGAAGGAGACCAUCACUUAUUAUCUUCAUUAUCACUUUCUCCUCUACAUCAAUGUGGGAUACCAGCUUCUGCUUCAAUCCUUACAGGGAACACUUAUAAGUUUCUCCAUGUUGAGGAAGAAUUAUUGGAUAGACAUACUGUUUUUUUUGUGGAAUCAGGAAGACCUACUGCUUCAACACAAAUUAUAUCACGCCUGGAACCUAUGGUUGGCGCUUAUCUGAUUAAAGCACUACGAAUGAAGAAAUCAUCAAAUCAGGCAGCCAUCUGUAUUAUGUCGGGAGCUUAUUUCUACUAUAGGGCUAUUUUUCCAGAAAUAGACCCAGAGAAUCUCAGGCGAUUUAUCCUCUCACUUGUUGGAGACUGCUCUAGGAAGAUGAUACAAGAGAUUGUUUUAAGGCACUUAGUAGACCCACUCUCAGCCUUGCCAGAUAUCCCAAUAUCAUCGCUACCAACAAAAGCACAAAUGCUUGAAUCUGAGCUAGAAGAUUUCUAUUAUAAGAACUUUCGCUACUUUAAGACACUAGACAAUGCACUGAUCUCACACCUAGAUGUUUAUGGUAAACAUAUACUACCUGACUCAGAUGUUGGAGCCCUCACAAGAUAUAUAAGGGACCACAAGGAAAACCUUGAUCCAGAUGAUGUCAGGGAAUUCCUUCUUGACAGGGAGUCUGAGGAGAAUGAAGUGAUCUCUGGUGUGGCAACUGCAAUACCAAGAUUAGCUAGAACUUCUUACUCGUCUCUAGAAAGACUAAUCUCAGUAGAGAGGAGAUUUCUAGAUAAUGAUAUCAAGAGAUCUGGAAGUGGGUCAUUAGAAGUGAUAAAGGAGGUGAUUUCUAUGCCUCUUGACAUAGAUAGUACCACUCACAUUUAGUGGUACUAAGACUUCCCCUCUUGAUGAGAUCAAUGGGUGGAUUGCAAAGAGGAACCUGCCAGAGAAUUUUGCACUGAUGGCAAAAGUGACUGAUUCUGGAAGCGAGAGUGAUGACUCUGAAGAAGAAGACAAUGCUCCCACAUCAUCUGAGAAUGAACGGAAUGUGGCAGCAACUACAUGUGCAUGUCAAGCUAUUUGGAUGAGAAGAAUAUUGGCAGAAAACAGUCAUGCACAAGCUGGAAGCAUGGCAGUGUUAUGUGAUAACACAUCUACUAUUAAACUGUCCCAGAACUCGGUGAAAUGAACUCUUCAGAGAGUUUUUUUUAAGGAAACUCUUCGGAGAGUUAAUUUCAAGGGAGGGUUUGUUAAUUAGCGUGCUUUAAUUAAGAAAUAAUUGACGUAUUGUUAUGGGUUGCAGUUAGAGUCAAUUUCUGUUAUUAUGUUUAGCUGAGUGCAUGAGUUAUAGAUCAUGUCUUAAUAUUCUGGAAAGUUAGUUUUUGUUAAGUCCUAUAAAAGGCACUUUGGAUUGAUUAAUAAAGAUAUCAUAUUCUGGUGCUAUUUAUAUAUAUUAUUUAUUGAGCUUCAUAUU